UCCUAUAGGUAUUGUACUUCCUGGUUAGAUUCCACGUAGCUUCCAGUGAUUUUAGAGAGUUUCAGAUUAGGAAAAUAGCUACAAACGAAGACUCUUACGGCUUUAUUUAUGUAUCUUCGACUGUUGUUCAGUCGUGUUUAUAGACGUGUUAUUAACUGUUAUGAUAAUGAAACCACAGUGGCGCGUGACGCUGUGUUUACCCUCAUAUGAAGGCUAGGCUAUGCUAUCAAGCUAAUAUCACUAAGACUAGUUAGCAAGUAGUUGUAUUGUUUACAUAUUUCUUUCAAGAUGUAUACCUUAUUAUCUGGGUUAUAUAAGUAUGUUUUCCAAAAGGACGAAUUCUGUGUUUUAAUCCUGGGACUAGACAACGCUGGGAAAACGACCUUUCUGGAACAGACCAAAACCAAGUUCAGUAAGAACUAUAAGGGAAUGAAUUUAUCAAAGAUCACUACCACGGUUGGCCUGAACAUUGGUACUAUCGAUGUGGGCAAGGCUCGUCUAAUGUUUUGGGAUCUUGGAGGUCAGGACGAGCUCCAGUCUCUGUGGGACAAAUAUUAUGCUGAAUCCCAUGGAGUCAUCUAUGUGAUAGACUCAACUGAUGAAGAGCGCCUGUCAGAGUCAAAAGAGGCCUUUGAGAAAAUGAUCAGCAAUGAGGCGUUGGAAGGUGUCCCGCUCCUCGUGCUAGCCAACAAGCAGGAUGUACCGGACUGUUUGUCUGUGCCGGACAUUAAAACAACCUUCAGCGACUGUGCCCCGAAGAUUGGAAAGAGAGAUUGUUUGGUCCAGCCGUGCACUGCCCUGACAGGGGAUGGAGUGAACGAAGGCAUAGAGUGGAUGGUAAAGUGUGUGGUCCGGAACAUUCACAGGCCACCCCGACAGAAGGACAUCACGUAAGAGGCAUCAGCACCCUUCACUCAUUUUGGACUUUGUCCUUAAGGACAUUCCAUGUGAACCCUGGAGCUGAUCCCUCUCCUCUCUCCUCGUUUGGACUUCUGCCUUGAGGAGCUCAUUACAGACGGUCUGACAGGACCAUUGUGCUUUGAAUGGACUCUGUUUUUCUUGUUACUCGUUUGAAGCUGUGUAACGAUCCUCUCUCCUGUCCCAUUCUGUCACGUCCUGUAUGAGCUUCACUGACUGACUGUGAGGCAUCAGCAAGACAAAUCCACUCUGAAAUAUACAGCACCGUAGAGGAGGUUUCUCUAUUUUUUUAAAGAGCAUAGAACAUUUUCGGAGCAUAUUCGUGCAAACAGCAUUGACUCUACAGGAGGUCUGUUAACAGCGUUUAGACCUAGCAUGGAGUCCAGCUAGCAUUAGCGCUUUUGAACUCUUUAAUCCAAUGUACAGACCAGAGAACCAGGAAAGCACUCACUACUCUGUUCUUUACUUUACUUGGUUUCUAACCAACCAAAACUUGUCUUGUUAUGUUAAUCACUCUGUCAUUUAUUUGGCUUCACAUAAUUACAUAAGAUAAACUCAUGACAGAUAAAUGACAACAAUUACCUAUUUCGAAGGGUAAGUGGAAUUUCUAGGACUUUACUUUGAAAAGCUUUCUUGUGUCAAAUCGAUAUAAUGUGAACUAAAAUACUCGGUGAAAAGGAGAAUACCAACAGCUGUUUAACUUUUAGGAGGUUUUGUUAAAUGUAUUGCAUUUAUUAGAGGACAUGGUAAUGGAGCUCCAUACAGAGACGUCCUGUUAUACAUCUUCUGUAAAACAUUCAUAGUGAUCAAAACAGGUUUUGGAAAGGUUCAUAAUGAGUUCCCUCCAUGCUUGGCUAACUGGGUGCAAUAUUUGUGAAAACAGGGAGAAAUCAUACUGACCUCUGCUGAAUGACUUUCACCCAGUGGUUGAACUUGGGGUGUAUAACGUAGUUAACAAUCCAAGGUGACGUAUUUUGUCUGUCAUUUAUAUAUAUAUUAAAUAUAGAUGAUAUAACAAUAAAUGUCUGAUUUCAAACAAACAA